AUGUGAUCUCUCUGACGUACAAAAAGACGAUUUCAAGCAAUCAGUUUUGGUCUAUCAAUUUCCUUUUAUACUUUCCAGAGAUCCAUGUUUUCUUUAAUUUGAGCUCUAGUCUAUCUUUAUAUAACGUGAUCCUCUCUGACGAACUUAAACAUUUAUUACAUCGCAUAUCUCUUCAAGUACAGCAUCCUUUCACUUUAGACUUCAACGCGACAUGCUUCAACGAGUCUUAUUUUCAAUUUGUUCUCUCCUUCCUAUAAUUCAUGCUCACGGAACCGACGCUCAUCAUCUUGAACACCGUAAUGUUGCUACAGAGGUUAUAACAGCUUGCAAAACAUCUAAAACCUUUGCAUUGACCUUUGAUGAUGGUCCAUAUAUCUACGAGAACAAAAUAUCUGAUUACUUGGUCAAGAACGGCAUUCGUGGGACUUUUUUUAUCAACGGUUACAAUUUUGAUUGUAUCUACAAUCAACAAAUAGUUGACCAGUUGACCCACACUUUCAAGCAAGGUCAUUUGAUUGGCUCUCAUACGUGGUCUCAUCCUAAUAUCACUUUGUUGACGGCUACUCAAUUAAAUCGAGAACUUGAAUUGGUAGAAACUGCAAUGAAAAAAAUUUUGGGAGUCGUGCCAAGAUAUUUUAGACCGCCUUAUGGAGCCAUCACGGAAGAAAACUUGAUCGUUUUGAAGAAACGUGGUUACACUGUAGUGAACUGGAAUCUUGAUUCAGGUGAUUCACUUGGUCUUACAGCAGCCGAAUCUAUGAAGGAAUACGACCAGACUGCUCGCAAAUACCCUCGUCCUCAAAUUUCCCUUAAUCAUGAAACCAAACAACCUACAGCAGAAAGCGUGACGCCAUAUGCUGUUACUGCCUUGAAGAAGGCUGGAUAUCGGUUAGUCGACGUAGCAGAAUGCUUGGGUCUUCCAAGUACUCCCGCACAGUUCUAUCAAUCGGUUGGGAAACCCCAGAAGCGCGACAGCUCUUGGACUUGUGAGGGGACCCCAGUACCCGGAGCUCCGAUUGUCUAAGUCCAAAACUCUUGUCAUUUUGCGUUUUGGGUCGUUUGUAUUUCAUUGCAUACUUUUAAUCUUUGCUCGUACAUCCUACACAUCUGUCUUUUCUUUCAGAAUGUUAAAUUAUUCUUUGUUGUUUUCUUGCAUUACAUAUGUAGCUUCACGCUGUCUUUCAUGAUCCGGAAGGUUAAUCAAAUAUAUUCAUUGAUUGGUGUGCUGUUGCAAUUCUACUGUUUCACAUUGUGACUUAAGUUGACCUUUUACAUUGAUGGAGGUUAUGACUGGUGGGCCCAAGGAAGAAAUGCG